AUGUCCGAAAUCUGGAAUACGAGCGGUAUAUGUCGUUGCUGCCAUUCCCAAAGCAGUUUAAGAGGCUUAAGCGAACAGUGUAAUUAUGAUGAGAGUGGUGACUCUUACUACAAUAAGUUGGAACGAACUUUUAAUUUAACACUCAAUCCAGUACUUGAAAGUUUUAAAUGCUAUUAUAGUAUUUGUGAUACAUGUAUACCAAGACUUAAGGAUGCUGAACUAUUUAGGCAUCAAAUUUUGGAAUGUGAAAAUCAAUUUGUCCAAUAUUAUAAUGAUUACUUAUUACAAGAAACGAAACAAGAGGUAUGUGAUGAAAAUAACUCUUUAAAUUCUAUUAUAGAAGAUGACAAGCUAUCAUUCGACAAUGUGUUCUCAGAGGAUUUAGAUGAUCAGCCAUUAUCAAGUUUGAAGAGCCAAGAAUCUAAACCAGAUGCAGAUUGGGUUUUGCCUGUUUUAGAAAAUGAUACAAAACCACAGCAGAGAAGGAAGAAAUAUUCUUGUGAAAUAUGCCAAAAGAAAUUCACAUACCAUGGUUCUCUAGAAAUGCAUAUACAGACACAUAAGUUUGAAAAAACGCACCACUGUCUCUUAUGUAGUGAAACUUUUAAGCAGAAUAAGGACUUGAUUAAGCACAUACAGGACAUCCAUAAAACAAAUAACGGUUAUUCAUGUCUGCUUUGCCAAAAUCACUUUGACAAUGCGAGAUUAUUAAAAAAACACUUCUCAGUGCACUUAGAUAAAUUUAAAUGUGAUUUCUGCGCGAAGGAAUUUUCUAAAAAGAAAGGCUUGAAGGAACAUUUGAAAGUGCAUACGAGAGAGAAGAAGUUCUCAUGUGAUAUCUGUCAGAAGAGCUUUGGACACAAUCAGACGCUAAAGUCUCAUAUACUAACACAUACAGGAGAACGCCCCUACGUCUGCGAUAUUUGCGGUCGCCGAUUCCCCCAAAGGACCCAUUUGAGACGCCACAUUCACAUCAUUCACGCGGGAAACAAACCUCACACCUGCCUCUCUUGCAACAAGCAGUUUUCCAGCAAGAGCUACUUGCUGAUACACCAACGGCAACACACGGGCGAGAAGCCGUACACGUGCGACGUGUGUCAGAAAAACUUCAGGGCUUACACAACGCUGAAAGUGCACAUGCGCAUACACACCGGUUUCAAGCCGUAUCUGUGCACGUUCUGCGAUAGGCAGUUCGCGCAAAUGGCGAGCUUUAAACUCCACGAGCGAACGCACACGGGCGAACGGCCGUACAUUUGUAAAGUUUGCAAGAAGUCCUUCUCUGACAAUGGUUAUUUGAAGAUCCACAUGCGAAUACACACGGGCGACAAACCGUUCGACUGCGAGGUCUGCAAGCGCUCGUUCCGGGAGACGGGGCAGUUGAAACGGCAUAUGCGGGUACAUACGGGCAUCAAACCGUAUACAUGCAAGAUAUGCAAUAAGCAAAUCGGCAAUUUGUCCAAGCAUAUGCGGGUGCAUUCGGACGAGAAGCCGUACAACUGUAAUUAUUGCGACAAACAGUUUUCAAUUAAUGGCAACCUGAAGAUACAUUUGAGGGUCCACACCGGCUCGAAGCCGUUCGGUUGUGAUCAAUGCAACUCCCAUUUCUCGCAGAGCAGCGGCUUGAAAAGGCACAAGUGUAAGAGUGAUGGAUAA